GUGGAUUACCUGUUUCGAGGCUCACGUCGGACAGGAACUUCGGGUAGCAGCAUUCAUACAAAACGACCCGGGAACCUUAUUAGUACCCGACUCUGCAGGAGGCUUUCUGCAAUCCAGAGAUAUCUUUUCGACCUUUAAUUUAAUUAACUGCACCUACCGAUCGCAAUAUACAUACAGCACCGCAUAUUACACAGCGUUUACAAGGCUCUUCAAUCGAGAAAAUAGCGCCAGAAUGUCUACCUACACGAUCCUAGUCGUCGGCGCGACAGGCCAACAAGGGGGUUACGUGCUGUCGGAACUCUCUCACCAGCUCUCCUCCACCUCUAAAACCACCCCCAAAAUCAAAAUCCUAGCCUUAACCCGCUCAGCUUCAUCACCCAAAGCCCAAGCUCUACCCUCCAAAUACCCAGCUCUAGACCUGACCGUCGUGGAAGGCGAUACCCGAGACCCAGGCCCCAUCUUCGGCGCACACCCCCACAUCGACGCCGUGUUCAGCUACACCACGCCACCAGACGAGGAGCCCCAGGCGACUGCUUUAAUCGAUUUCACCGCAGCUGCAACGCAUGGUGAACCGAAAUCUUGGGAUACGCCGACGGAUAUCCCGCAUUUUACUGAGAAGCAUAAUGUAGAGUUACAUUUGAGGAAGGCGGUGGAGGAGUCGCGGGGACGGGUUACGUAUACGGUACUUAGGCCGGUGGCUUUUAUGGAUAAUUGUGAGUUUUUAUGUGGGGGGGUUGUGAGGGUAUUCGCAUGUUUGACGGCGGUAAACCCCGGCGGCACCUUCGGCAAAGUCUUCGCCAGCCUAUGGAACACCCUCUCCGCCAACCGCAAACUUCAAGUCGUCAGCGUGCGGGACAUCGGACUCUUCGGCCGCAGGAAGUGUACCGCCGUGUCUCGGGUGGGACCGAGUUGCCGCGCUUGGACCAUUGUCGGUUGGGCUGUACGCGGACUCGUUGCACGCAACGUUGGUGCUAUGUUCCGCUGGUUUGAGACGGAUGGGUAUGGUGUUGAUAUUGCGGCAUUGCGUAAAGAGGAGCCGCGCCUACAGAAUUUUGAGAUGUGGUUGAGGGAGAGCAGCAAAUUUGAAUUUGAUGAAAGGGAGAAAUGAGGAUGAGCGCCCAUAUGUACCUAGUAAGGCUCCCUGCUCGGUUAUUGUUAAGCUUAUAGACGAUCUCACGUUAAGGGCAUAGGUUUUCAAGAAUGACAGAAAAGACGCGUUUAUUCUCAGCUAUCUUAGGAUUAUCUGGGAUCUGUGUUCUGUAAAUAGUCGAUGAGCAUUAGGACAGGCUCUAAACAGGAACUAGAUCUUUGCAGGCAGUAUAUUGUGAAAGGACUCUGCGAAUGCUCCAUUAAUAACGGAAGUCCUCCAGCACCAUGCCAC